AUGGAGGGUCGGCCGGAGCUGCCGCUUGGCGUGACAAAGAGCAUCAAGCGGCACCCUCCAACGCGGAGGUUCUUGCCGCCAGCCGUGGGAGAUGUAGUGGAGGUCAAGUUCGCGUUGGCGGGCGCAGGGGGCGAGCUGCCCACGCUCACGCAAGACACCUGCAAGUUCACCGUGGGAGAGCAUGAGAGCCUUCCCGGGCUCGAUAUGGCCGUGCAGCGUCUGCACAAGGGCGAGCACGCGGAGUUCUCCCUGACUGCCAUCCUGGCCUAUGGCGCCAGCCUGCCUGCGGCUACACUGGCCCCUGAGAGCCUGGUGACGCUUUCGCUGGAGCUGGUUUCCUGCCCUCUGCGCGAGGACCUCUUUGGUGAUGGCGGCGCCUUGAAAGAGGUCCGAAAGACCACCGACGGCCGGCUGCCCAGGCCCGGGGACGAAUGCCAGCUGAGCUACGAGGUCCUCGCAGAGGGCGCCAAGGUCAUGGAUGGCAGGGCUUCAAUUUACAAGAUUGGGGGCGAGCAGCUUGGCCAGAUCGCGCGGGUCAUGGACAAGGCGCUUCUCUCCAUGAAGCUGGGGGAAGAGGCGCUGGUGGUGUGUAAGCCCGGCUAUGCCAUGGCUGGCAACUUUCAGAGGAAGACCCUGACCAUUUCCCUUUCCUUGGAGGAGAUCUAUCAGGUUCACGACGUCAGCCUCGGCUCGAUGGACGGCACGGUACUCCGCAAGCGGAUCAAAGAAGGGAGUGGCAAGGACAAGUUGCACGACACUGGUAAGGUGCGCCUGCGCCUCCACAAAGUCUCUGCAAACGGGGUUGACAAAGGCAGUGGCGUCGUGGACUUGGAGUUUGUGGCAGGUGAGGGACAGGUCUGCGAUGCCUUGGAGGGAGCAGUCUUGGGAUUGCGGCAGGGAGACCAGGCCAUACUCCGCAUUACGGACGCGCGCGCGUGCCUUCACGGCGGCCUGCUUGACGACGUCUCUGGCAUCGAGGCGCCCAUUAUGGUGCACAUCGAGGUCCUGAGCGUGCAAGCCGUCAAGGAGAAGUGGGACAUGACCUAUGAGGAGCGGCUCGAGCGAGGGCACCAGCGACGUGAGGAGGCUGGAAGACUCUUUCGCCAGGGUCGAGUUCGUCUUGCAGCCGCCCUCUAUGAGCUGCUGAGCUCCCUGGUGCUGCGCCCAGAGGACUUCAUGGAGAAGCAAGCUGCAGCUGCAGAGUUGAGACGUGUCGCCUACCUCAACCAGGCGGCGUGCCUGCUGCAGCUGGGCGACUGGACUCUGCCAGUAAUGGACAAGGAGAGCUCCAAAACAUUCUCGCGGAUGUGUGGAGGCCUUGGAUCCAUGCCGGAGCGAAGCGAUCGCCGGGACGAUGAUUUGGUGGUGGCCCCCAACCUCGAGGAGGAGUACGCGAAGCUGUCGAAGAAGGUCGGCCUUCCGCUGGAUCGCUUGAAGCUCGGUGGCAAGGGCUCCGGCUGGCAUGCGGCCCGUCUCCAGUCAUUGCGCGAGGCCAUUGGUGUCCAGCUGCUGCGUCAACUCCACGAGAGUGCAGCUGGUGGAAUCGCUGUGAAGAAGGACCUUGUGGCAGGGGCGCAGGGCCUUGGAAGGGUGCUAGAUCUCAUAGACUCCCAGAAUGUUGCCGAAAAAAUCCACGGAACCUACGUUGCCUUGUCAUCGUACACCUUGGGCUUGACGACCGCGGCGGCCGUGCCGCUGACCCUGGAGCUCGGCCUCCACACACUCUUCCGCCGUCCGGUGCACGAGCAGAUCUCUUUCAAGCUCCUGCAAGGCAUGACUGCCCCCUGCUUGACUUUGCUGUGCACCACGCUGGUGAUGGCUUGGCUGGUCAUGCCCCUGGUGGCCCUGACAAAGACCCUCGAGCAGUUAUUGACCUCCAUCCUCAUCUACACGAUGGCCAGCGUUGCAACGCCGCACCGUCUGCGACUCUGGCGCUUCGUGCUGGUGGGCGUUGGUGCUUGUAUCAUCUCCUUUGUGCAGGGGCUCCUGGCGGCGGCCUGGAUGGUUUACGCUCCCGUGUGCCUCUUCGCAGCGUUUCUCUUCGCCGCCCCGAAUGUCGAUUAUCGGAAGAGGGGCCUCAACGCAUUGUGCUGCCUGAUGGGCGCCUUCGCCAUGGCAGUUGCCUUCCUGCUCCUCUCUGGGGCGAGUUUCACAGAGGAGCAGGUGAAGAGCGUGAGCAUUGCCCAAGGCUGCUUGGUGGUCGGCCAUCUCUGGCUGUUCGUGUUGGCCCUGCUGUUCCUCUUCUACACGGAAUUUGCGCGGCAGCAGAGCCUCCAAGCCCACCAGGAAGCAUUCCUGCUGGAGACAGAGAUGGUCAGCACUGAAUCCACAGCGCAGGCCCCGAGGCACCUGCCUUCGGGCCUGGCCUUCGAGGUGCGAGACAUGAGCUUGCGGAUUCGAGGCGCAGACAAGCUGGUCCUGCGGAACAUCUCGCUCGAAAUCCCUGCAGACAGCAGCUGUGCCCUCAUGGGUCCUUCCGGCAGCGGCAAAUCCAGCCUCUUGAAUGUCCUGACUGGACGGGCGCAGCACUACGGAGAAGUCUCAGGCGUGCUCAAGGCCAAUGGCGAAGCCAUCCCUGAGGGCGUUGAGUCCAACCUGAAAACCAGGAACUCUGCUGGAUUCGCCGUCCCACAGGAUGACAUCAUGCACACGGCCGCAGAACUGACGGUUUACGAGAAUGUCUACUUUGCAGCUCGCUUGAGGCUUCCGCCAGAUACACCCCUGGCAGCCACCUCCGAUCGAGUUGAAGCAGUUCUGCGAGACGUGGGCAUCUUCCACGUGAAGGACACGGUGGUUGGCAAUGCCGACGUUCGGGGCAUCAGCGGGGGCCAGCGCAAGCGCACGUCCAUCGCUAUGGAAUUGGUCGGACAGCCUUCCGUGCUGUUCUUGGAUGAGCCCACUAGCGGGCUGGACGCAGCCGCCGCCCACUCCAUCGUCCGGCUUUUGUGCGGAAGGUCGCGGCAGCACUGCACCACUGUCGCCGUGAUCCACCAGCCGAGGUGGCAGACUCUGGAGUUCUUCGACAACGUGGUUCUGCUGGCCACGGGCGGUUACCUGGUCUACUCCGGGCCCGUGGCUGGGUGCGUGGACUACUUUAAAACGGUGCUGGAAGCCCCGAUUCCUCAGAUGGCCAACCCGGCAGACAUCUUCCUCGACUUCAUCGACAGCUCAAGCAGCGAGAGAGAGGCGACACAGCUGUCGGUUGAGGAGCUGGCCUCCAAGUGGGAAACAUACCGAGGGGAAGGAAUGGCUUCAGACUCCUUUCGGACAGCUGUGGGUCAGGACUUGCCACCCCUCUCAUCCUACGAAAAGUUCCGGCCGGGAAUUUCUGAGACCUUUUGGACGCUGUACCUCAGAUGCUCGCUGCAGCUCUGCCGAUCCUGGCGCCAGCGCCUCUCCAAUCUCGGCCUUGUAGCUUUGUUCCUCUGUGUCGUGCGAGGACUCCUAGGGGACGACGGCGACUUUGAGCAGGUUCUGGUGAAGCUGGGAAUCGCACAGAACAUGCUCAUGCUCCCUGUCUGCAUCCACAGCAUGAAUGUCUUCAGUAGCGACCGGCUGGAGAGAAAGCGUGAGGAUACAGCAGGGAUACCCGCUCUCUCGCAGUACUUGGCAAAAGACUUGUGCCACUUCGCGGAACUACUCGUCUUCGCAAUCCUGUGGACUGGCAUCUAUGGCCCCUUCUCGAAGGUUGUGGCAAGCCCUUGGACACUGCUUCGCCUGGCAGUGGCGCAAUGCUACAUGGCCUUCGGCUUGUCCUUCUUUCUGUCUGUGAACCUCCCGAGCCAGAGCACCGCCACGGUGACCAUCAUGCUGCUGCUGGUAGUCGCCCAGCUUUGCUCUGGAGUCGACCUCAUCGCUUUCGGAGAGGUGCAGAGCGCGCUGUGCGGCAUAGGAUGGGUGAUUUUCAUUCUCUCGCCGUCCUUCUACACGGUGGAGCGGAUACUGCCCAUCUACCUCUUCGAGGGUCUCGAGCCGCCUGUGCGUCAGGCUGUGUGCGACGGCUUUUUGCAGAAGAAAGGUGUCAGUUGCCACCUCCCAGCUUCGCAUGGCAAGUCCGUGGGUGUGUUCGGCACCGUGACUGGCUUGACCACCUUCAUGGCGGACAUGAAGCAUUCCUACAUCUUCUUGCACACGGAUGUGCAGCUGGUGAUGCUUGCGCUGGCGAUGCGAGUGAUCACUCUUUUUCAGCUGGAGCUGCGCGCUGGACGUGGCAUGCAAGGAUCCCUGGCUUAG